AAAUACGAAACUGUGUCUGAAACAGCUUUACUUGCGCUUUCGAUUUGUUUGGCGGAAAAAAUAAUCAACUUAUCAAGAAAUGAAAUGGCUAGCGAGCUUGAUGAAAGGGCCCUAGAGGAUAUUAACACCGUUUUAGAAUAUGCUAAGCUAGAAUCGUCUGAUGUAAAGCCAACGGUACAGUGUAUUUAUUUCUCUAAACACCUUGACAAUCAGUCGUUCAAACUUUUGGAGGUGAAUGAUACAGUGCUGGAAACCUUAACAGAUGGAGGAAGAGUAGUAAUUAGAGGGAACUCAGAAGACAUGGCAGUACUUUGCACAAAAACAGCCACUUUUGAAAUAAAAGAGGCAGAGAUUUCGAAUUCUAUGUUGAUUGUUCCACAACUAGACAUUGGUCCGGAUUUGGAUGAUUCAGGUCCCCAGAGACUCAAGGUUUCAAAGGUGACAUCUGUGAUGAAUAACUACUAUGAGCUGAGACCAUGCAAACCUAAAGUGUCAAAGCUGAAGAAACUACUGGAGGAGAACAUGUAUAGUGGUAGAGAGUGUGAACAGGAUGAAGAGCACCAGGGUCAUAAGUAUUCCUUUGAGGAUUUGCUGAACAUUGUCCAAGGAAGUGAAACAGAAAUUAAAGAAUCUUUGAAGAAACUUCAGGCUUGUCCAAUUGAAGGUAUGUGGAGAGUGUUAGAUUUUGAUUUUUUGACACAAGUGUUUAACCACAUCAUACAACUGUGUGAAGAGAAUGACUGGUUAUCCACGGGGAUACCACUGGAGGAGUGCUGUGAAACUCUGCAGGAACUCUUCCCAAGUGAAGUGCUUACUCAUGUAAUAGAGUGCUAUGCUGAUGAAAUGAAAUCAGAUGCCAAGUUUUACUCACUUAAUGAAGACAAAAUCUGUCAAUUCUUUGCAGAACUUAUUUUAAGAAAUUCAGGAAAGUUCAAUUUAAAAGAGUUUCUUAGAGUUUGGGAACAGACAGUUCCACAAGGCAUGAAGACAAAUUUAUCACAGCUGGAGGGAAUGGCCCUCAUAGACAGGAACUGUAUGCCAGAGGUUAUUUGGUAUUUCCCAGUGGAUGAUCUACCAGAGGAUAUUGGAGAGAGGUUCAACAUGUUGUUCAAAACCCGGGAGAAGUGGAUCCUAUCAGAGAUCACACCUUAUAUCAGGGACUUAACUACAGUCAAGGUUGAUGUUGGUGGUCUCCUUACAAAGUAUGCAAGAGCUUCCAUGUUAAAUGGAAUAAAAGUUUUCAGUUCAAGGAAACCUGUCAACUGAUAUCAUAAACAUGUAAAAUUCUUGAAAUAAAAAUGUGAUAUUACAA